AUGGGUCAUGUGGCCGUAAAGGAAAUUAAUCUCCAGCACCAGCGCUGCAAGGAAGUAUUGAAAGAAAUCCUGGUCAUGAGGGAAAUGAGGAACCCCAAUAUUGUCACCUACCUAGAAAGCUACCUUGUCAAUGAGUUUGUCCUGCUGGUGUUGGAGUACAUGGAUGGAGGCUCUUUAGCAAAAGUGGUCAGUGAGAAAAGGAUGGCUGUAGGACACAUGGCAACUGUCUGUCAGGAGUGCCUGAAAGGCCUGGCUUUCCUUCAUGCCAACCAGGUGAUCCACAGAGACAUCAAAAGCGACAACAUCCUUCUGGGCCGGGAUGGCUCCGUCAAGUUGGCUGAUUUUGGCCUCUGUGCUCUGCUCACACCUGAGCAGAGUGAACGGAGGUCAAUGGUGGGGACAACUUGCUGGAUGGCACCCGAGGUGGUGAGAAAAGAGCCUUACGGUCCCAAAGUGGACACCUGGUCCCUUGGCAUCGUGGGAAUUGAAAUGGCCAAAGGAGAGCCUCCUUAUGUUUGGGAGACCAGUGACAGGACAAAAUCCCAUUCCCGCAGCUUGGAUGAGUUCCAAGAAGGUCCACUCCUAAAAAGGUCCCUGCGGCUCACAUCAGCUGUCAAGGUCGCCUCAGAGGUGGAAGGAGUCAAGUCUACGGUUCGAGGGAAGGAGGUGGCUGCAUUUGAGAGCAGGCGCCACUCCUCACGAGAGAGGGCCUUGCAAGUGGCAGCAGAGACAGCAGAGGAACCAGAGCUUGCGAGGAACCUGCUGAAGGAAGAGGUUCCUCUGGCGGUGCCAAAGGUUUGCCGCCGGCAGCGGCCAGCCCACAGGGGUCUGGAGAAGCUGCUCCAGGAGUUCUCUCGCCAAGGGCACACACUGCCCCGGGGGUGCAGAGACAAGGCAGCACAGGCACAAGAGAACGCUGCCCUGGAAGCCCGACUGGCAGCCACGGAGCGGGAGCUACGAGGCCUUUCAGAGCAGCUGGCAGAGGCUCAGCAGCACGUAUCGGAGCUGGAGAUCACCAGGAGCCGUCUGGAAGCCCAAGUGCGCACGGCCACACGGGCCCAGGAGGUCAUACUCGAGGAUGUGAAGGGCCUCCGUCAGGAGCUGCAAGCUGUAAGAUCUCUCAGCAAGCAGCAAUGUGAAGAAAUGGCUCAAGAGCUCCGCUGGGCAGAAGAGCAGUGCUGCAAGGCUCUCAGACACUGGCAAUCUGCUCAGAAAGAGGAAAAAAGGAAGCUCCAGCAAGAAAUGAAGCAAUGUCUGGAACGGCAGCGCUUGGAGGCGCAGGCGAUGCUGGAGGAACGGGAAAGCUUCCUGGCAGAGCUGGCCCGUGGUGAACAUGAGGAGGAGAACAAAGUGCUUUUGGAAAGCGUGCGCACCUCAAUCUUGGUGGCCACACAGGUGGUGUGUGGGACAUUGAAAGGCGUCUUCUCUUUGUUCCUGUGCAGCUCCAGGCUCGCCAGCACAACACUUACUGGGCCACUGAAGCACAGCUUUGCUGCCCUGGGCAUCAAAGCUAGUGCUUUGGCUGGUGGGCCAGCAAUCCUGUGA